AUGGGACGGAUAGUAAUUGCAUUCGACCUCUACGGUACUAUUCUCUCCACCGGAUCCAUAGCAGUAGAGUUGGCAGAAUUAUACGGGCAAGAUAAAGCUCAGUCAAUUGCCGCUCUAGCAAGGCGAUAUCAGCUUGAAUCAACAUGGCGCGUGACCAGCAUGGGCACUUAUCGCACAUUUAGUGACUUGACGAGAUGGUCAUUUCGGCAAGCUACGAAAGAGAUUGGUGUCGAGCUCACUCCUGAGCAGGAAGAGCGUAUCAUGGAUGCAUAUAACGGCCUGGACACAUUCCCAGAUGUGGAUAGGGCGCUUUUGAAACUGGCAGAACAUGCAUCUAUCGAUCCCUACAUCUUCUCAAACGGAACCAAGGCCAUGAUGACAUCGUCACUCGAUACAUGCCCAACUUUGUCAAGAGUGAGCAACAUAUUUCCCCACGAGAAAGUCGUCAGUAUCGAUCCUCUCAGGGUGUUCAAGCCGCAUCCUCGUACGUAUGAGUUUAUGGCUGAGACAGCGGGGAUGAAGUCUCAGCUUGAUAGGGUUUGGCUGGUAAGCUCGAACCCAUUCGAUGUCACUGGUGCUGUAGCUUUUGGAUUCAAGAGUGCAUGGAUCGACCGUGAAGGAAAAGGCUGGGCUGAUACACUGGGGUGUUCACUGGGGCUCCAGCCGACUGUGAUCGCGUCUGGUGUGGAUGAAGCUGUGCAGGUAAUCUUGCGUCAGCCUGAGGAGUUUAAGUAG